UAACUGUAAUCGAUGUUCUGUAUUUAACAGUGGUUGAAUAUUGCUGUGGUUUGUUCGCAGCUUUGAGAUAUCGAUUGGAAACCGCAUUAGUUUUUGAAAACGAAAAAUUGACAAUAAUGUUCACAAAAGAUAAAUCUUAUGCGAAUAUCGUGUAUAGUAUUCGCAGACACACAGAAGCAUUGCAAUUUAUUGCUAUAGUGGAAUCAAUAUAUAGCUUACCUCUUUUUAUACAAAUUGCAUUGACUGUACUUCUCUUAAGUCUCCUAGGAUAUCAGAUAAUAAACAACAUGGAAAAUAUUGGCGGGGGUAUAAAUAAUUAUGUUUAUUUAAAUGGACUUUUGCUUAAUGUAUUGUUCGAAAAUUGGCAGGGUCAGAAAAUUGUAGAUUCCAGUGAGAAAGUGUUUAAAUCAGCAUAUAAUACAAAGUGGUACAAUAUGCCAGUAACGGCAAGAAAACUUCUUAUAAUGAUAAUGAUGAGAAGUGAAAAACCAUCAGCACUCAAAGUGGGCAAAAUUAUUGUAUUGUCAUAUGUAACUUUUAAUGCG